AGCUUUUGUUUGUCCCAUUGACGGAACGUUCAACGCGGAAUUCAACCUAUGAGUCAAACAUGUCAACCAGCAGCUACAAACCUGUGAGCCAUGUCAUUUUUGACAUGGAUGGAUUGUUAUUAGAUACAGAGUGCCUGUACACUGUGUCCUUCCAGGAGAUAUGUGACCGGUUUGGAAAGCAGUACACAUGGGAUGUGAAGUCCUCAGUGAUGGGCAAAAAGGCUCUGGAUGCAGCCCAAAUCAUCCGGGAUGCCCUGGAGCUUCCCAUGACGGCUGAGGAGCUCCUGGCUGAAAGUGUACAAAUACAAGAAAGGAUCUUUCCCUCUGCCAAACUCAUGCCAGGUGUGGAGAAGUUUGUGCACCACCUGCACAAGCACAAGAUCCCCAUUGCAGUGGCAACCAGUUCGGCAGGCGUGACGUUCAAGCUGAAGACAAGCCAACACGGCGACUUUUUCAGCCUGUUCAACCACAUCGUCCUGGGCGAUGAUCCUGACGUAAAGAACGGCAAACCCCAGCCGGACUCCUUCCUGGUCUGCGCCAGCAGAUUCAACCCUGCGGCUUCUCCAGAGUCGUGCUUGGUUUUUGAAGAUGCUCCCAACGGCGUGAAGGCAGCACUUGCUGCCCGGAUGCAGGUGGUGAUGAUUCCUGACGACAACCUAGACCCCAGCCUGACCCAGGAGGCCACGCUGCGACUCAGGAGCAUGGAGGAUUUCCAGCCACAGGUCUUUGGCCUGCCAGCAUACGAAUAAUGAGAUGGAAACCAAACCUAAAACCUCACUAUGUAAUUCAGUCUUUGUGUCCAUUAUCAUUCUUUGAAUGAAAUGGAAUUAUCAAUCAGAUCUUGCAGCUUUGUUUUGAAAUCAUGUUUCUCUUCUGUAUUAAGAAAGCUCCACUGUCAUUGGCUGUCCUGUGCUGUUAGUCAUAAGUGUGUAUUUCCAAAUGAAGCGAGCAUUUAUGCUGUGGCUGGUUGUCAUUCAAAAUUUCUAUACAAGAUGGUUCUUGAGUUUUGGUUAAAAUUUAUAGAGAGUGCAACCACUUUCUGGUGAUAUUUUGAAUAUGCUGCACUUUCUCACUGGUUGCAGCUCAAUCAUCAAAUGGUUAAAAAUCAGCUGAAUUUUGUUGGAGGUUUUUGUGUCUAGGUGGCAUUAAACCAUUGUUCGGGA